AAUCCUCUCGGCGGGAUGUAGAAUCAUCAAUGGCUGUCGUUACUCCAGAUAGCCCCCGAGUUGACUCUGACUUGGAUCAUAUCCAUCAUUCUCAGUCCACGACACAUUUACUUGGCUCCCCUAAUAUUGCUGCCGAACCUAGGCCAACCAACCGAGCCCAUACAGUUGGCGUUGCUGCUCGAAAUGAAGAUGUAGACGGUGGACGUGUCUCAUCCUUCCGCAAAGACAGGGAUCCCGCGACUGGAAAGAAAACAGUGCAUUACCCGGAUGAUGCCUCCGACACCCCAGUAUCGCCUGCAGAGGUCCUUGCCCGGGUCGGGUCUGAUAUACGAGGCACCAGUGCGCAAGCGGCUCAGGACUCAAAUGAUUCUGCUGAAUCUGCGGGUGGCCUGAAUCUUCCACCGGAAGCUGUCCCUACUGAAGGCGUGACUAUGCAAGAUCGAAUGAUUGUUCGUGUUAGCUACUCGAAAGAGCAGAACAUAGGCUCUCACUUCGAUGAAACGCAGAAUAGGUCUUCACAACACUUGCAAUACGAAGAUUGGGGCGAAUUUCUGGUUGUGUGGCGCCGAAACCGAGUAGAACUUUAUGAGAAUCAUUCGAUACCCGGCAAGGAAUUCAUUACUGGCCACAAACAUCUUGCCUUCAUUAUUCCGCUGAAGGAAUUGACGACCAAGCUCUCCCUGUAUUCGUUCGCGGAUUUGACGUUCUGCAUCACCUGUCGACCCACUUCCGUUCAUGCCGAGACAACUCGAGGUCGCUGGCAUCUAUACCGAGAGAAGGAGGGCACCAAUAUCUUCGUCUUUAAAGUUAGAAGUCGAUCCCGUGCGAUUGACUGGACGUGGCGACUCUGGCGACACCUUGGAGGUGAACUUCCUCCCUUCGUCGAAUUGCGUAACCCUGCCUCCGAUACGCGCAUCAAGGUCGACGUCCCGUCUACGGGUCCUGGAGGUCAGGACUUGGAUUAUUCAGUAUUUCAACGGGACAAUCUCAUCGAGUUGUGCGUCAAGACGCUCAGCACUAUUCAAGACUGGGGCCUCAUCAUGCAGCGCCGGAUAGCGGAAGGGGCGCGAUUACAGCUUUCGUGGCGUAUGGACACAAAGCUUGAUUGGGUGGUAUGGGAAGACGACGUGUUGGGACAUGAGCGUAAGUGGGCUGUACUCGCCGGUCUAGCUCUCGGCCAGGCGGGCAAAGCAGCCCAUCUGGAAUGUCGCAUCGGGGAACAUUUCCCCACUCAGCUACAUCUCAAAGAUGGAACAUUUGUGACUGAGCCCCCUGGCAUCGAGGGGUAUCUCACUCGGAUCAAGGUCGCUGCAUCAAAACAUCAGCCUGUCUACCUCGCCACCCACGACGGUCUUCUUUUCUCCCUGCUCCCCUCGAACGCCAAUCCUCCAAAACCUCCAGGUCUAGCCCCUCAGCCACCCGGUCCAGACACUGAGAAUCUCCACUCUACUCUGCGCGAGGAAGAGGUCCGACGAGGAACGUCGCAGGUUUUCCAUGCGCGGAGUGUUAUGGACUUGAGGGACAUCGUCGCAGUACGGAGAGCCUUUUCUCCUGUGCCGAUUGCCAGCGAAGCUGUGGAGGAGAGUAGACGGCCGCUUUGGAAUGAAGACGAUGACGGGCCUGUUGAAGUGGAGAGGUUACCGGAGGACGAGGAGGAUGUUGGUGGGGAUGAGGGAUUGUCGAAGGUGGACCCCGGGGCUGCGCGGGAUCGUGCAAAGAUGAGGAGGGGGUUCGAGUUACUGCUGCAAACGGGCAAAGUCAUGCGUUACGAAGCACAUUCUGCGAAGGUCGCCAUUGAAUGGAUCGAACACCUACGAGUGCUGAUGCGUUACUGGAAGCGGAGGCACCACAUCGAUGCUCGGCAAGAAAUGGAUGUAGUGCACUUUGCGAUAGGUCGACCGAGAAUCACUCCUCACCGCAAGUGGCAUGACGAGGACAAACUUGCGCCCCCCGAACCCGCUGCAGAUCCCAAUGCUGUCCUGCCUUACCUCGGUUCCUUGUACAACUGGUGUGUCAUCGACGGCUGCCGUUCUAUCACGAAGACAGGUCGAAUCUUCAUGCGGCAAGGCAUACGCGGGCAGUACAAAUUGGUGCAACUCUUCCUCGUCGGGGGACAUCUCGUGCAAUAUCACAUCAAGGCACAUUCUACACGAUAUGUCCGUACGAAGGCUUUCAAUCUUCUGGACGCAUGUGUUGUCUCUGGUCUUUUUGCCACACAAUUACUCCCCCGGGACCAACACGAUUUGAACAAACCUCCCGUCGCGCGCCGUUAUCAGGACGGACUAGAGAGUGACGACUGCGAAGAGGACCUGCUCUUCGUCGUUUCCUACUAUCCGCAUUCUGUCGGUGCUGGACUGGGUUCUGCGCAGUCGGCCAGAGAGACCAGAGCAGCACUUCCCGCGCUUGAUGACAAAAGAAAGUGGUUGGUCUUCCGAGCCCGGAGCAGGGUAGAAAGGGAUAUCUGGUGUUGGGCCUUGAACGUGGAGAUCGAGAAGAUAGUAAGGGGGAAGAAGGAAAGAGAGGAUAAGUUGAGGGAUGCGGGCAAGCCAGUCAGGCUACCACCGAAUGCGAAACGAACUGAGGAAUAAUUAUUUGUUGAUUUCUGCUGCGAUUUAGGUCUGGAUACACUUUACUUGCAACAUCCCAUUGUACAUCACUAUAUAUACCCUUCCCAAUUCACAUGGAU